CUUGGUCCAGCGUUUUACCUUUAUUGAAGCUAACAAGAUAGGGUUCAUAUAUUGGAAGUUCUUCUUGGCGCAAAAAUGAAACUUGUAGUGCGAGUGAUAGAGGCACGAGAUAUACCUGCAAUGGACCCAAAUGGGUUCAGUGAUCCCUAUGUGAAGUUGCAGGUUGGGAAGCAGAGGUUCAGGACCAAAGUGGUGAAGAAAUGUUUGAAUCCGUCAUGGUGUGAUGAGUUCAUCUUUCGGGUAGAUGAUCUCAAGGAAGAACUGGUCAUCUCUGUUCUGGAUGAAGAUAAGUACUUCAAUGAUGAUUUCAUUGGUCAACUUAAAAUCCCCAUUUCUCGUGUUUUUGAAGCACCACAUAAGUCGCUUGGCACGUCUUGGUACCCAUUACACCCAAAGAGUAAAAGGGCUAAGAAUAGGGAUUGCGGACAAAUUUUUCUCACUAUAUGUUUCUCGCUAAACAACAUUUCGCCAGACUUGCAAUCAAGAUGUGAUCCUGCUACAUUACCAAAGAAGUAUGAUGAUACGCCAAGUGGAUCCCCAGCCAGGUCCUACAAUGCCACUGUGAGAUCACUUUCCCCGAUAAAGUCAGAAGAAACUAUCUCUUCAAAGGAAGAAAAGUCACACACACAAACCUUGGCUGGUCGGUUCUAUCAGAUUUUUUACAAAAAUUCUGAUGGACCAUCCACAACUUAUGUAAAAUUCACAGAUUCAACUGAAUUGUCUGAUAGUGUGAGUACAGAGGAUAAUGAGGACGCACUGGAGGAGCAGUCUUCACCGGUCAGUUUCGAAGAAAUGAUGAGAUCCAUGGAGAUGAGAGAUCAAGGCAGUGAAGUUCCUAGUUAUUUACCAGGAAUAGUUUUAGACCAGUUAUAUGCUGUUGCUCCACAUGAAUUGAAUUCACUGCUCUAUUCACCAGACUCAAACUUUCUGAAGUCUUUAGUAGAUUUCCAGGGAUCCACAGACUUGAAAGUGGGACCUUGGAAGUUUGAGAAUGAUGGUACAAGUUUAAGGAGAGUAGUCACUGUUACUAAGGCUGCAAGUAGAUUGGUCAAGGCUUUGAAAGCAACAGAGGAGCAAAGUUAUGUGAAGGCUGAUGGAAAGACAUAUGCAGUAUUUGUCACCGUAAGCACUCCAGAUGCUCCAUAUGGUAACACUUUUAAAACUGAAACUCUUUUCUGCAUCACUGGUGGGCCCGAUCUGCCUUCAGGAGAAAAGACCUCAAGACUGGUAGUCUCAUGGCGGAUGAACUUUUCUCAGAGCACUAUGAUGAAAGGUAUAAUAGAGAAUGGAGCAAAGCAAGGUAUAAAGGAAAGCUUUGAGCAAUAUGCAAGUUUCUUGUCUCAGAAUGUAAAACCAGUAGAUGAAAAAGAGUUUUCUUCUGAGAAGGAUCAGGCAUUGGCUUCCCUUCAAGCAGAGCAACAGUCAGAUUGGAAACUGGCUGUUAAGUACUUUGCUAAUUUUACCGUAAUAUCAACUUUUGUCAUAGGGUUGUAUGUGGCUGUGCACAUCUUGCUAGCAAUGCCUAGCACAAUUCAAGGGCUUGAGUUUGCUGGGCUUGACUUGCCUGACUCUAUUGGUGAAUUGAUUGUCUGUGGAGUACUGGUACUGCAAGGGAAAAGGGUCCUGGAGCUAAUGUCACGUUUUAUUCAGGCAAGAGGACAAAACGCCAAAGGUGGUGACCAUGGAGUGAAAGCACAAGGAGAUGGCUGGUUGCUGACUGCGGUAUUGCUUGAAGGACAUAGUUUGGCAGCUGUUGACUCAAGCGGGUUUUCUGAUCCAUAUGUUGUUUUCAGUUGCAAUGGGAAAACGAGAACCAGCUCGAUUAAGUUCCAAAGUUCAGAUCCCAAGUGGAAUGAAAUCUUUGAGUUUGAUGCGAUGGAUGAGCCGCCUUCUGUACUGGUUGUGGAGGUUUUCGAUUUUGAUGGUCCUUUUGAUGAAGCCACAUCUCUUGGGCGUGCUGAAAUUAAUUUUCUAAAAACUAAAAUAUCUGAUUUGUCUGAUGUCUUGGUUCCCCUUCAUGGGAAGUUGGCUCAAGCCUGUCAGUCUAAGUUGCAUUUAAGAAUUUUCUUGAACAAUACGAAAGGUAACAACCUUGCCAUAGAUUAUUUGUCCAAGAUGGAGAAAGAAGUUGGGAAGAAGAUAAGAUUAAGAUCCCCUCAAACAAAUUCAGCAUUCCAAAAACUCUUCGGACUUCCACCUGAGGAGUUUCUGAUUAACGACUUCACUUGUCACUUGAAGCGCAGAAUGCCCCUUCAGGGCCGCGUAUUUUUGUCUCCAAGGAUAGUUGGGUUUCAUGCAGAUCUCUUUGGACACAAGACAAAUUUUUUCUUUCUUUGGGAAGACAUAGAAGACAUUCAAGUCAUCCCCCCCACGUUGUCAUCAAUGGGCAGCCCUAUUCUUGUAAUGACACUUAAGCCUCACAAAGGAUUUGAUGCAAGACAUGGUGCUAAGACUCAGGAUGAAGACGGCAGGCUAAAGUUCCACUUUCAAACUUUUGUUUCUUUCAAUGUAGCACAUAGGACAAUCAAGGCAUUGUGGAAAGCAAGAGCAUUAACCCCUGAGCAGAAAGUACAAAUAGUUGAAGAAUCGGAGGCUAAGACACUACAAAUAACAGAGGAGGAGUCUUUAGCCAAAAACAUGCAAGUUAUGGACGAAGAAAAUGAAGGGAAAAGCUUACAGAGUGACGAGAGUGGAUCGUUCUUCGGAGAUGAAGAUUUGAGCAUGUCUACUGUUUAUUCGUCUGCACUCUCAGUUCCUACUGAUUUUUAUAUGCAAUUAUUUGGUGGGAAUGAGGUUGAGCGGAAAAUUAUGGAAAGAGCUGGAUGCCUUAGUUAUUCUCCUAGCAACUGGGAAUCUGAAAAGACUGAUGUUUAUCAAAGGCACCUUUAUUACAAAUUUGAUACAUGUGUAUCCCGUUAUGGAGGUGAGGUUACUAGCACACAGCAGAAACUUCACCUUCCUGAGAAAAAUGGGUGGCUUGUAGAAGAAGUGAUGACACUUCAUGGGGUCCCUCUUGGAGACUAUUUUACUCUUCACCUUAAAUAUGUAGUCGAGGAUCUUCCCUCAAGAUCAGUAGGAUGCAGUGUUUCCGUUCAGUUUGGAAUGACAUGGUUGAAAUAUGCUAAACAUCAGAAAAGGAUGCAAAAAAACAUCGAAUCCAAUCUGAAAAAGCGUCUGUUGAUCAUGUUUAGCUCACUUGAGAAGGAAUUUCAUGACUUGGGAUAAUACUCCGUAGUAUACAUGUGACCUGACUAUAACAUGUGCAUUUAGUAUAACAUGCGACCGACAGUGUAACCUAUAAUCUAACAAGGGAUUUCUCUCUGCCAUAACAUAUUAACACGUGACUGACGCUGUGAGUGUUGUAUAUCUGCUGAUGAAGAGAAGGAUGUGACAAGGAUGAAUGUAUAGGUAGGCUGUAGGCAUAACUGAGCUGCAGCUGUCAUGAUAGAGAGCUGCUUAAGAGGACCAUGUUAUAGUCAAAUAGCCGCAUUGGGAAUUUCCUUCUUAUGUAAGAUGUACAAAAGUUUGUGCUAGGUCUCAGAGAUGUAAAAUACAAAAAAAGUUACAAGUCAAAAACAAAGUUCUUUGAGUGAAAUGUGGCUUUGUAAAUCAUUAUGAUUUAUGAUACUAUACCAUAUACGAUAGCAUAUUACAACUACAUUCAUGUACGUGAUAAGAUAUAAUUGAAUUCAUUAUGCAUUAAAAAUCAGUAGAUUUGAGCUGGUACUUGUCCUGGGUGAUACUGGGGCACGGUCUAUU